GUGGUUAAACCACAGAAAACAAUAAUCUAAAGAAUCGAAGUAGCCUUUGUUGACUGGAAACGGCGUAGUUUUUCUCAUUCCCUUUCGAUCCAUCAUUCAGACCAGUUCGCUUUUUUUCGAAGUCAGGAAGCAACCGUUCCAAGAUGUUCAGAAUUCUCAGUGAAGCAGCUAAAGGAAUCUCGGCAGUGAAAAAUCUGGAAGCGGCUGGGAAGCUGGCAAAGACUCGUCCGUUUUCGUCGUCAUCAUCGAGCAAGGGCCAUGGAUUGACCGAUUUCAGUAACAAGAAAGACUGCCAGCAGAAGGCCUGUACGGAACGAUCUACCCAGAUGCCACCGAAGGAGGAACCCCGAUCCAGUUGCGACAAACCGGUAAGCCCGAAAACUUGGCGUACCUGCCCGGAACCACCGAAGCCAAAAGAGUUCUCCUGCGACGACACCCUCCAGCAGAAGGUUUCACGGCGUAAGAAGCGACAGGUCACGUCCAGACCGUCCUGUUCCAAGCCAGCUCCCAGCUUGGAAGCGCCAGAAUGUGUCAAAAUUAAGAAAGAACUUUGCCCACGAACAUCGGUUCCCGGCUGCGCAAAGGCGAAAAUUCCACCCCGCUGCGAUCCGAAGAAAGUGGUUCGCGAUUGUAUCAAACUGAAUCCACCGAUGCCGUCCUUUGCCGACUGCUACAAGAACCCAUUCCCGUCGCAACCUCGUUCGGAGUGCAACUGCCUGACGACACCUAAAAUUUGCUAGUAUUUUUUCCCCCGAGCAGAAUGGCUGCCAAGAUGAUAUUUUUUUUUUGGUCUGAAAUAAAAGAAAACCAUUUUCCUUAAACGAA